GCUGGCGGCUACAGCUGCUGAUUGAUUCUCGUAACUGCCAACCGACGGAUUUAACGGAUUUCUCGGUGACCAGCGGUAGUAGACUGUUUGUUUGCUUGGCCAGGUGACUCCGUGUUCUUGGCCAGCUCCUUAUUUAGCCGUCGGCAAAGUGCAAAAAAGUGAAAUCGAAAAACGAAAAAGAAAAACACACAUUAACUACCAAAACGGAUUGAUAAUCUACAUAAAAAAAACUAAAACUAGUUCGGAUUUAAUCACUCACGGAUUAUAAUUCCAUUUAGUUCAGUGCGCGAGUAGAUCGGUGCAUCGUAACUUUAAGAUUUGCUUUAUAUAGUUUUAGUUAAAAGCAAAAAUUAAUAUUAAAUGACAGUGCACAGUAAUGAAACCGGUAUCUGUUUAGUAAUGAAUGCCGUUUCAACUCACCUUGCCACCUCGUCGCCCAACACGCCUCCAACCAACGCUCCACAGAGUCCGCCCUCGACGCUGCCCACGCUCGCCUGUCCCGCCGCCCAGCCGCUGAGUGCACCCGGUAUUUCCGGGCCAGGUCAUAGUGGCAUGGUGACCUCAACGGUGCCGCCGGGCGCCCGCUCCACCUCACCGUGCGGUCCAUCCACCGGUUUGCCUGCCCUCUCCCUGGUCGGUGCACCGCCACCAGGACCUCACUCAUCUGGACCUGGAGGCGCACCGGCGCCUGGAGCUGGCAAUCCACCCAAUCGCUGCUGUGAUACGGGUCGCACCAUCUACACGGAUCCGGUUAGCGGCCAGACGAUCUGCUCCUGCCAGUACGAUAUGCUCAACUACCAGCGUUUAGCCGCCGCCGGUGGAGUGCCACUCGGUGUCUAUCCGGAGGGCAUGUCCGCCUACCUCUCGGGGAUUGCAGCGGAUCAGCCGCCGUUCUACGCCAAUCCGGCUGGCAUCGAUUUGAAAGAGAACCUGGUGGCCGGAGCAUCGCCCUGGCCAUAUCCAGCGAUGUAUCAUCCGUACGAUACGGCCUUCGCUGGUUAUCCAUUCAACAGCUACGGCAUGGAUUUGAAUGGGGCAAGAAGGAAGAACGCCACCCGCGAGACCACCUCCACAUUGAAGGCCUGGCUAAAUGAGCACAAGAAGAACCCGUACCCCACCAAGGGCGAGAAAAUAAUGCUGGCCAUUAUCACCAAGAUGACGCUGACGCAGGUGUCCACGUGGUUUGCCAAUGCGAGAAGAAGACUGAAAAAGGAGAACAAGAUGACCUGGGAGCCCAGGAAUCGUGUCGACGACGAUGAUGCUAAUAUCGAUGAUGACGAUGAUAAGAAUACGGAGGAAAAUGAUCUGCUAGAUGCCAAGGACUCUGGCGUAGGCUCCACGGACGACAAGGACCGUUCCGGUCGUCUGGCCGACAUGAUGGCCGACCGUCCGGGCGAGAGCAACAACAGUGAAUGGUCUGAGUCAAGGCCAGGAUCGCCGAAUGGAUCACCCGACUUGUACGACCGCCCUGGCAGCAUGCCGCCAGGUGCCCACCCACUCUUCCAUCCCGCCGCCCUGCACCACCACUUCCGACCGCCAGCGGGAUCUCCGCCAGACAUCGCCGCCUACCACCACCAUCAACAGCAGCUGCUGCAGCAGCAUCAGCAGGCGCAGCAGAACUCGCUGCAGACCGCAGUUGGGGGAACAGCAAAGCCAAGGAUCUGGUCGCUAGCUGACAUGGCUUCUAAGGACAGUAAAGACUCGAAUUCCGGGGCCAAAGAUAAUCUGCCCGAGCUACCGCCCACGCAUCCCGGCUUCUAUGGUCAUCCAGGUCAACAGCCUUCGCCCGGCAAAAUUCUAUCACCCCUGGCGGCCAGGAUUCCCAACUAUUCACCCUAUGUCCGCCCAGAUUUGUAUCGAGGAUUCUAUGGACCAGCUGCGGCGCACUUGAGUGCUCCUACGCAGGAGUUCCUCGAGCAUCAGCGCACGUUCGGAGCCAGUUUGGCGGCCCACAAUGGACCGCUCGGCAUGAAUCCGCUUCUGUGGAAGGCCGCCGUUUCGGGAGCUGCCAAUGGACCCCACUUUGCACCCCUUAGUCUGACGACAUCAGGUGGAUCCGGUGGUGGACCCCAGCAAGUGGCACCGCCACCAGUCGCUUCGCCCUCCGCCUCCAGUUCGUCAUCAUCGAUGGGCUGCGAUGUGGUCCAUAUACCCACGACCAGUGGUCAAUCGGCGGCCCAGCACAUGAUGGGACCAAUAUCCAGCAAUUCAACCGCCUCGUCAUCCAGUUCGCACUCCGGAAAGAUAUCGCCCGGCGUGAAUGUGACCUCGCUGAGUGCAAAGCCAUGACAUCCAUCGGCGGCUUCACCGGAUCCGGCAGCACCAGUUGCCUCGCCCAUCUCCGCCUUCCGCUCGCUGAUCGCCUUCCGGGAGCAGCAGAAGCUAACGCUACUGCGACCGUAGUCACUUCCAGUUUCGAAUCCGACAACGAUUUCGUUUCCGAUCUCGAUACCGAUACCGAUACAGAUUCCGAUUUCGAGGCCCGGGCUUGAAAGGUAUAAUUACACUUUCGGACAAUAAUUUACAAUGUGAUUAUUCGGUAUUUUGAUUAACGCCGCUUAUACCAAAUAGCAAGCAAACAAAAAAAAAAUAACAAAACAAUUAAGAAACAAAAACAAAACCAGCUGAAACGCAGCGGUUCCUUUGGCAUGGGCCCCCAAAAAAAUAAUGAAAAAAUUAUCAAGAAAAUUCAACAAAACUAAAAAAAAGAAGAGAGAAAAAAUAAUAAUGAAAAACCCAACCGCUGCCCCCAGACGUUGUGCAAUUUUGUGGAGAAGAUAAUCCAAAAACCAUUUGAAGAUACGUUAAUUUAAUUACUUAACAACUUAUGCAAUCAGAGCUUAUAGGAUGUAAAUUGGAAGAUAUAUAGCAGGGCGACAUCAAUGAAUACAUACAUAACAUACAUACCCGACCACUAAACAUAUAUACCGAUAUGGCAAAAUGGCAGAUCCGAGACACCCCACUAAAUUAUACAUAUAGAAGCACAAAUCGGCUGGCAGCUAAGGUCUAUAACUUCUGUAGAUUUUAAUUAAAUAUAUAUCUUAGAUUUUUGUUCGAUUUAAAAAAAAAAAACGGCCCUUGUGGGAGGACCCGAAAACAUAUCAACCCAAGUCUGCUGAAUAUGCCUCCCCCCCUCAUUUUCCCCUCUUGAUUUUCCCAACCGAAACCGAGACCGAGCCCAAACCCAAGCCAAAUGUACACGAGCAAUCAUUGAUUUAGCUGUUAUUGUUUUUAUCGUCUUAAGUUACCAAUUUGUUCCUGUCGUUUAUAAAUUUAAUUUAUUUUACUUCGUAUGUGUACCAUAAUUUUGUACGUGUGUGUAAUUAAUGAAUUAUUUCGUAAAACUAGAGAUCCAUGUAUUGCUGUACUUUAUGCACAAGUUGUAAGUAUGUAAGCUCGCGUAAUUGUAGCGCCCUAAGCGUAGUGUAAAUUAGUAAAACUGUAUAUACUUAUAAUAAAAGAACGAUAAUGAGACA